AUGGCGAGAAUGGUGAACGAGAACGGCUGUGAAGGGGAAACCCAGAGCCCAGAGCCACAGGGACCAGGCCGGGGUGCUGUGAGAUGGGGUCCGCAACACGCCGGGGCCCGAGAAUUGGCCAAUUUAUACUCACCAGGCAAAAGAUGUCAAGAAUGGUUGAGCGUUAUCCUCUGCUUUUCUCUCAUGGCCUUCAAUUUCAUUCACCUACUUGCCAAUUUCCAUCUGGGACACUUGUGGUACAUCUUGUUGAGCAUUGUGGCAGGAAUUCUGACCGCGGACUUUGCGUCUGGCCUUGUGCACUGGGGGGCUGACACAUGGGGAUCAGUGGAUCUACCCGUCUUUGGAAAGGCUUUUAUACGACCAUUUCGAGAGCACCACAUCGACCCCACAGCCAUCACCCGUCACGAUUUCAUCGAAACCAAUGGUGACAACUGCAUGCUGACCAUAGUCCCUCUAGCAAACAUGGCCUUCAACUUCCUCACCCUCUCCCCUGCGGAGAUAUAUCAACUCUACCCGCUGUACUGCUACUUGUUUGCACUCGCCAUCUUUGUGACGCUUACCAACCAGAUUCACAAGUGGUCUCAUACGUACUUCGGCCUGCCUCGCUGGGUGACAUUCCUGCAGGACUGUCACAUCAUUCUUCCCCGCAAGCACCACCGCAUCCACCACGUCUCCCCCCACGAGACGUACUUCUGCAUCACUACAGGAUGGCUGAACUACCCUCUGGAGAAGCUGGGUUUCUGGAGGAACCUGGAGGAUCUGAUCCAGAGUGUGACGGGAGAGAAGCCUCGAGCAGACGACCUGAAAUGGGCUCAGAAAGUCAAGUAACGCUGCAGGCUGACUGCACCCUACCUCAGAAGAUGCUGGCUCCGUCCAGACUUCUCAUCCCCCUUUUUUUUUUUUGCCUCACUUAAACUUUAAUCCAUAAGACAAAAAAAAACAACUAACAAACAGUUUCCGAUGCCAUAGCUUUAAGUCUUGCACAUUUUGUCUGUCAAGAGGAGGGCUCUCUUAAUGGAAUAUUCUUCAUCACUCACAAAGAUCAUUAUUUCAAAAUGCAAUAUAUCCUAAACUCGUUGUGUAUGUCACUUAUCACAUUUUUUUAACAGUGACUUAAAGAUGCUUUUUGCAAAGAAGGUGUCUGACACACGAUUGAAAAUAUCUUUCAGAGGAGAGAAAACGAUUCUCUCAGUUGUCAAAAAAAAAAUCUGGGAGGAAGAGUUCUUGAAAGAGUGAACACUCACUUUUUUUUGUCACCUGCAGAGACACAACUGUUCGUUUGGAGUGGAUAAAUCACAGUAUUUUUUAGCACUUUCUUUUCUCUGGAUCACUCUUUGCAUCUCCACUGUUUAAUCACCAGUCCAUGUUUCAAGUCAGAAAGGUGAUUUGGUCCGUGGUAAUUUGCAGGGCUGAGUUGAUGUAGGAUGUUUGGAUGCUUUACCAAUGUUUAUAGCUAAAGAACAAACUGCUUAAGAAAUGUUACAUUUUUUUAUCCUUGCACAUUUGGGACUGUUAAAAAUGGGCAGUGAUUAGAAAUAUGUUAAUCAACCUUUUAUUUAAAAAGUCAAAUAGCAAUAGCCAGUAAUUCACAUCAAUAAGACAGAGCCAUGUUUAAUAGUUAAAGUCAAACUGAGUCAAUGGCUGCAGAUACACUGCAAGAGUCGAUACAAAACUUUCUCCUUCUCUAUCUUUUGGAUUGGAGUUUAUUUAUCAUUUUGAGGCUAUUUAAUUUGAUUGGAGAAAAGUCACGUUGAAAUGUAACUGCAGUCAGAGUUGAUUUGAAAAUCUCGACAAAUACACAAACAGUGGUCUCGUUCUGCAGAGUCAAUCCGGCCCUGCUAAGCUUUCUCCUCACAUGCUGAUCACGUGUCCUCUGAGGAGCAUUUUCAGUUUAUAUUUGACAGACAGUUUUGUGAGAACGAGGCAUGUUCACUUUUGUCCAGCUGCCUUACACACCACAGAUGCAGUAAUGGUGUCUCUGUUUUCUUUGUUGUUGUUUUGCUGUUUUGUCUUUUGCAGCAUUUGCGUGUCUUUGCAACAGUUAUUCUGUCUUUUAUAGGAUGUGUGUCUCAGUCGAUCAGACGCAGAUAUUCCAAAGUUGUGCCAACUGUUUGUAGCCUUGAUAUCACUCGUCACAUCCUGCUUUUCUUUUGUAUCGUGGGUAGGAAGCGUCGGCUCGAGAGUCUUAACAUUUUCGCGCGUGUAAUGUUGCCACUGUGUACCGUCUUGGUAACCAUGACAAGUUGAACUCGGUGAUGUUACAAGGGCUUCGGUGAAGACUGACUAACCUGGAACAGAUGAGAUUAUGUGAUUGUUUUAUGUUUAGCUCUUUGUGGUUUGUAAAUGUAAUGUACAGUCAAUAACUAUGCAGUGUAUUAAGAGGCCCUUAACUCUACGUCUUAAUCAUCUGAUUAGGUUGAAAUGCCUUUCUUUUUCUCAUUGUUUAAACAUGUUGGGAAAGGUGGACAACUGGAGCUGAAAAACAUAGCUUUUAAAAAAAAAAAAAAUGAACUGCAUGACAAAUUGACUUUACUGAGUAAGAUGUCACUUACACAAUCUUAAGGAUGCAUGCAUAAUGCAUACCGCAUGUCGGCUUGUGCAAAGACAUUUUAUUGGGUCACCUGCUUUCCUGUAAUUGGUCUCAAAAAAUGACCCUGAAUCUUUACCAAAUGGUACCAAGUUUGAACUGUCGUCUUCAUUCUGAGGACAUCCUACAGUAGCAGGGGUUUUCAGAAUUGAAUUGGAGAUGGUGACCUUGUGUCGAUCAUGCCAAAACAACAAGCUUCUGCCGUUAUAUUCAAAGUGAACAAUUUAGAUUUUUAAGCCAAAAUUGUUUUUUUUUUAUUUUAUGUAUGUAUGUAUUCCAGAAAUUGAAUCCUUCAUACUUGAUUAUAUACAAUGAUUCACCAUAGGUCAGCAGCAGAAGUACACUGCAGAUUGCUUAGUGCACUUAGAGUAUUGUGAGGGGGGUGUUGUGCGUGUAAGGUAGUGCAAUACAUGCGACUGCAUCAUAGUUUAAAGUAUCAGGCAGAUGUUGUUUGGGCACCGCUAACUGCAUUAAGUAGACACAUUUGAACCUUGACUGACAACUUGUCUCCUAAAGAAGACAUUUUGCUUUGGCUCUAAUGGAUGUUCAAGUGCUUCAGCUAAUAGCUUUUUUUAUAAUAAGAUGCAAGAAUAAUGUUUUUAAGACAUUUUCACUGCUUUAAAAUAAGACAAUAGUUUAUUAUAAUGUUAGAAAUACUAGACAAGACAUCAUGUAAUCAUAUAAUUAGUUUUAAGACUGAAAGCUCUUGAAAAUGAUUAUGUGGGAAUGACUGUAGAGCCCAUGUAUGAAAUACUGAGUGCUCUCAGAAAGACUUGUAAUGAUAGUUGAAGUCUGGCUAUAAGGACAGAUCUGACCUGCUUUCACGUUUUCUUUCUUAUUGUUUUCAGAUGAUCUCAGGAUUCUUGUUGGAGUAAUUCACGUCGUUUAAAAAUGAAUUUGUUAAAAAUCAAACUCUCCAUUAGCAAACCUCUGGCCGUUGUUUACUAGAUUUAAGUAGUUCAAAUUAUUUAUUUCUGUCAAAUUCUGUUGGCCAAAGAUAGUGACCGAUUUGAAAAUCAUUAUAGAUUCUCCUGCAGCCAUAUAUCAUGACUACAGUUAACUCUUAGAAUUUGUGAUUAAGCCGAGGGUUCGUUUUUUUUUUGUUCAUGCUUAGAGACGAUGGGUUUUCAUCGGUGGAAUUGAAGGGGAUUUUGCGACCGUGUGCGUUUGUGAAAGCAAGUGAACUUGUUGGUAAGUGGUGAGGGCAGGCGUCGUCCGUUUGUUUGACAUGCUUUGUUGAAACACUUUUGUAAUUACCUUUGGAUUCAUGAAUUUAAUUGCCUUAUCCUCCCCCCAUUAAUGUUCUGUAAAUCUUAACCAGCGAUAUGGGUAAGACAUAUUAUUAACUGACUUUAAAUUGACCAUCACAUGCCUCAUACUUCUUCACAGGCAGGACUCAUGUGGAUGUUGCUGUUGGUUAAGGAAGCAGGUGGUGAUGGACUUUUGGAUAUCAAAAUAAUGCCUUGAUGCCUUUUUGUUGUCUUCAAUUUGGGAGACUUACAAUGUAUAUAUUAAACUGUAUUUAUAACUAAACUAAAUAAACUGUUGAUACUUA